AUGGCUUCCGUUUCCAAAAGCUUCUUAACAGCAAGAAGAAUUGCUCGAGCUUCUUCAUCGAGGUGGGUCCCAGUCCCAGUCCCAGAACAACUAUCUUCUUCAUUUGUAUACUCAUACUCCUCCGCCGUUGCUGCCGCUGAACUUCCACUUCCACCUCCACCUCCACUACCAACAUCUUCUUCUCGACCUCAAGAGAAGCAAAGAGGAUGGACAAGAUUCCUUCUUUUUGUUCCGGGAGCUAUCACUUUUGGAUUAGGCUCUUGGCAGAUCUUCAGAAGACAAGAAAAGGUGAAAAUGUUGGAGUACAAACAGAGUAGAUUACAAAUGGAACCUAUUAACUGCAAUUACAUCACCCCUUCAGGUGAAAAUCUGGACUCUUUAGAGUUCAGAAGGGUGAUCUGCAAAGGAGUUUUUGAUGAAUCAAAAUCCAUAUAUGUUGGUCCACGUUCUAGAAGCAUAUCAGGAGUGACAGAAAACGGAUAUUACCUGAUUACCCCCCUUAUGCCCCUCCCAAGCAAUCCAGAAAGCUUGCAGACGCCUAUCUUAGUGAACAGAGGAUGGGUCCCACGAAGUUGGAGAGACAAGUCUGUGAAAAUUCUAAAAGAGGAGGAACAAGAACAUCCUACAAACAUGGAGUCUGAAUCUACUACUAGACAAGAGAGCAGUUCUUGGUGGAGACUUUGGUCUAAGAAGGCUGAUAUUACAGAAAAGGAAGAGGAAGAACAGUUAAAGGUGGAUGAGGUUGUUGGAGUUAUACGUGGAAGUGAGAAACCUAGUAUUUUUGUACCUGCAAAUGAUCCGAAUUCAUUUCAAUGGUUUUAUGUUGAUGUUGGUGGGAUUGCUCGUUGUUGUGGGCUUCCUGAGAACACGAUAUACAUUGAAGCAGUGAAUGAAAAUGUGAACCCUAGUAAUCCAUACCCAAUUCCAAAAGAUAACACUGCAUUGAUACGCAGUUCAGUAAUGCCACAGGAUCAUCUCAACUAUACAAUCACUUGGUAUUCUUUAUCAGCAGCAGUUACGUUUAUGGCUUUCAAGAGACUACAGCCUAAGAAGAAAAUGAGAUAAUGUUUGGUCCUUAUGCUUUACACGAAAUUGCAAGUUCAUUGGAAAAACUUGAAAGGAAUGUUUGCCAUUCGGAUGUGGGAUUCUGAGAAUUGAUUUUUGAAGAAUGGUAGGAGAAGAAAGGGGAGAUUGUGGUUGUGGGCUGCUUCACAUAGUUGCAGGUGAUGGUGAUUUAUCCAGGAUGAACAAAAACACAAACACAAACAAAUCGAUUUUUGUGUUUUGUCAGUGUUGACAAUAAAUACAAACAUACACAAAUAGACUUUUGUUUACAAAUCGUUUUUGUUUUUGGGAUUAUAGGUGUUCAUCGGUUUUCUUUUUGAGUUCAUGGGUGUACAUCAGUUUCGUUUCAGUGAGUAAUGAGGUAAGAGAGGGUUUAAUGCUUGGUACGAGAUGUGUCCGCUCAUCAUUGUGUGUUAAAUCUUAAAGUCAUUGAUAUGCAGGCGUUUGUUAAUCUUUGUGUAUGUGAG